AUGCGAAUUUCCGUGCUUUUGGCGCUUCUGGCUUUGCUCGUAGCAGCAGUCAGCGCCGAGUCGCAGUCGCCGCCGCCGCCGGUCUCUGAUGCAGCCGAUCCGUCGUCCAGCGGCACCACCGGCACCGAGGAGUCCGAGUACGUCUCGUGGAUGGCGGACCGUGAGCGUGGCGAGCGCGGUCACUCGCUGAGCGAGCCCAAGUACGCCAAUCUGCACGAUCGCAAGCUGCUGACCCCCGCGCUCACCACGCCAGAUAUCAUGUUCAACCACGAUCGCGUGGCAGACGACAGUCCCAAGACUUUUACUCAAGACACUCUCGGCUAUGUCACCCCAUGGAAUUCACGCGGGUAUGAAGUCGCGACACGCUUCCGCCACAAGCUGACGUACAUCAGUCCAGUGUGGUACCAAAUUCGCAAAGGUGGCGAGUCGGGCAAAAAGUUGCAACUUGUGGGCGGCCACAACGUCGACAAAGCUUGGCUGGACGGCCUCCGGACUCCUCAUCCAAACUUUCUCGACUAUCCUCCGCCGAGGAUUGUGCCGCGUUUCAUGUUUGAGGAGAUGAGUGGCCAAAGCGUGAUCCAACUGCUUUCUUCUACGACUUCGAGCAAUGCUGUUGCCAAAGCCAUUGUGGCAGAAAUCAAGAAGCGGAAUUACGAUGGGCUUGUGAUUGAUUUUGCCUCCAUGGGCUUCCGAAAGUUUUCGCCAUACCCGCCGGUUUACAACUUUCUUGAACUCCUUUCGUCCAUGCUGAAGCCUCUUGGCAAAGUUCUUGUGCUUACUGCGAUGCCGCGUCGCGGGUCCGCCAGCGACUUUGACUUUGAAGAGCUGCAGAAACUGUCACCAUUCGUGGACAAGUUCCAACUCAUGACAUAUGACUUUUCCUCUGCAGACAGGCCUGGUCCAAACGCUCCCAUGCCAUGGCUGCACUCCACCCUCGAACGCGUGAUGCCCGAGAACCAGACUCUGGAAUUGCAGAACAAGAUCUUCCUUGGCGUCAACUUUUAUGGCAACGACUACUGUGACGACGAAAAAGGCGACUUCCACGCCUCUUCGUUGCUUGCAGACGAGUAUCUGAAAAUUUUGGAACUCCACGAGCCAAUGCUCGAAUGGGAAGAAGAAUUGGCAGAGCAUGUGCUCAAUUACAUGGACAAGCGCGGCCGGCACAUUGUCUUUUACCCCACGGUGUUCUCCUUGUUCCGUCGUCUCCAGUUGGCUCACAAGCAAUCGAUCGGCGUUGCCUUUUGGGAGCUUGGCCAAGGUCUGGACUUUUUCUUUGACAUGGUGUAGCGACCUGUGGGGCCGUUCGAGUUGUUGAUCUGAACGACAUGUGUAUGGAAUGAUUGUCAUGGAUUGCGAUUGUGUGCGCACAUUUGGGCAUUUUAUAAUUCCCAACCAUCCUGCAUUGUUCAAUAAAUUGAUCGAUUCGAAUGACCA